AUGUCGAGCGCCAAUCAACUCUUCCUGCUCGCCGACCACAUUAAGCUCUCGCUGUUGGAGCGCCAACGGGCCAAGAAUCUCAAUCUUGAAGGCGACUCGCAAGAUGGUCACAUCUCACGGUCUUUCGACCAGUUCCGCGAUGGUCUCGCCAAUCUUCGCGAUGAGGAGCAGCGCUUGACUUUUGCCGGCGAAACAGACGCCGCUACAAGCCUCACAGAAUCCAUCACAUCGCUCCAGAAGCAACUAGACGACCUCACAACUCAAUUCCAAGGCCAACCAACCUCCAAAACCGCCGAAACCCUCACUCACCCCAACUCAGAAGAGCUCGCCGAUGACUUUGAGCACGCAACAUCGACAUCUCCAGUCUCGAGGAAGCCAAAGACUGUUCGCUUCAGCGACACUCCCCCGUCCCCGUCCGCUGAGCUCUUUGGCCGCUACCGUGAUGAUCCCUCCGAUAGCGCCGGCUACCGAGACGAGGCACAGGGCAUGGACAACCAGCAGAUUCACCAGUACCACGCCCAGAUCCUAGAGCAACAAGAUGAGCAGCUCGAUCGCCUGGGCGAGUCUAUCGGACGCCAGCGCGAGCUUAGCAUGCAAAUCGGCGACGAGCUCGAUAGCCACGUUGCUAUGCUCGACGAGGUUGAGGCUGUUACCGAUCGUCACCAGAGUCGACUGGAUCGUGCAAGUAGAAUGCUCGGAAAGGUUGCUCGAGGCGCAAGCGAGAACAAGCAAAUGACCACCAUCGUGGUUCUCAUCAUCAUUCUUGUCCUGCUCAUUGCUAUCCUGAAAUAA